AUGGGCUUUCAGUUUAAAAUUCCAAAAUUCCAAUUAGAAGUUCCCGGUUCGGAGGGACGUGAGAAAUCGUUAGAGAAUGAUGAUUUGUUACCUAUCCCUUUGGAAAGACGGACAUGGACCUUCUGGACAUUCAAUAUAUUUUGGUUCUCUGCAGUUGGAACGGUUGCGAAUUGGUUAGGAGGAGGAACUUUCUUAACCUACGGUAUAUCAGUAUGGGAUGGUAUUCUCUGUAAUUUCUUUGGAUACCUCUUAAUCUCUUUGUUUAUGGUAGUCAACGGUAGAGCAGGAUCAGUGUACCACAUCGGUUUCCCAGUCUACUGUCGAUCGUCAUUCGGGAUCUACGGAUCCCUCUGGCCAGUCUUCAAUCGUGCCCUAUCAGCGUGCGUAUGGAACGGGGUCAACACCGUGACAGGCGGUCAAUGUAUCUACAUCUUCCUCCACACAAUCUUUCCCUCCAUCGCCAAAUUGCCUAAUCACAUGCCUAGUAAUAGCGCAUUAGAUUCAGCUCAGAUGAUCGGAUUCUUCUUAUUUUGGUUCUUCACCUGUACCGCCCUAUUCCUUUCGGUUCCCAAAUGGAAGAUCCUCAUUCACAUCAAAUUAGUCGCCUACGUAUUGAGUUGUAUAGGUAUGCUUGCCCUGGCCUUAAAGACGUCCGGAGGAGUGGGGGAUACGUUAACACAAGGAUCGAAAGUGCACGGAUCGGAAAGAGCUUGGUUGAUCGUUAGAUUCACACUUUUGAGUGCAGCUGGGUGCAGUACUUUCGCUAGUAAUGCUAGUGAUUGGCAGAGAAAUGCGACUCAUAGGAAAGAUCCUGUCAUUGGACAGAUAUUUGGUUUCCCAAUGUCAAAUUUCAUCACCACAUUGGUCGGUAUGAUAGUCGCUGCUUCCUCGGAGAAAGCAUACGGCACCUUGAUCUGGAACCCCUUAACUUACCUCGAUCGAAUCCUCACCGAAAACUAUACCCCUACGGUACGAUGCGGAGCAGCUUUCAUUUCAUUCGGAUUCAUCUACUCUGCAUUGUUCUCUUGCGUAUUCGAAAAUGUCUUGCCGGCAGGGAACGACAUUUCAUCUUUGUUACCUCGAUAUAUCUCUAUGAAGAGGGCUUUCGCAAUUUGUAUGAUCGUGACUAUCGUCAUAAAUCCUUGGUACCUCCUUGGUUCAGCUAGUAUCUUCAUUUCGUUCAUUUCCUCAUAUCAAAUCUUCCUGUUCAGCAUCAUUGGUGUCCUUCUGGUCGAUUACUACAUCUUAUCAAAAGGUAGAUUAGACUUAGCAUGGUUAUACACUGCUAACAAAGAAGGACCAUACUGGUACACUUACGGUUGUAAUUGGAGAGCAUUCGUGGCUUACGUUGUCGGAGCAGGCGUCAACUUCGCUGGAUUCCUCAAUAACAUGGGUGUCAAAGGCUUUUCGACCGGAGUGAUCCGUUCAUUCUACUUCGCAUUCAUCACUACGGGAUGUGCGGCCGGAUUGACCUAUUAUCUAUUGGCAACUAUAUUCCCACAACCCAACUACAAGAUCAACAAAGGGACCAAGUUCAGGGAAUGGACUGAGGAGGAAGUCGAACUUUACGUAGCAGGUAGCGAAUGGAGGGAAAAGGGGGAAAUGCCACCUGUCAUUGGCCGAGGGGAUUCAACGCCUGAACUUGGUCCUGUAUAUGGAUCGGGAGUGGUAGAAGAUGUUGAUGAGAAGAAGAUUGAAGGCGUAUCUACGGCGGUGUUAGAGGCGAGAAAUUAG